AUGAAAGCCUCCGCCUAUUUCUCCUGGGCCUUCCUGCUGUCGCCCAUCUGGGCCGCCCCAGCCGCGAACCCAUGUGACAUCAGGUCAACAGACACCAGCUUCACCGACUAUGCCUAUGUUUACUUCACCGGCGAAGGCACCUCCAACGGCGAGCAGAUCUAUAUGGCUGUCAGCAACAACAAUGAUCCCACUCAAUGGACAACGCUCAAGAAUGGUCAACCCUUCCUGACCACCAACGUCGGUACCAAGGGCAUUCGCGACCCUUCAUUGAUCGCUGCUCCGGACAGAAGCAAGUUUUGGAUCAUUGCCACUGACCUCAAAGUCAACGGUCUGCCAGGCGGCUGGUCCAACACCGACAUGCAAACCAAGGGCUCCAAGUCCAUUGUCGUCUGGGAGUCCACCAACCUGAAGAACUGGUCUGGCCCCCGCCUCGCCAAGGUAUCCCCCGACAAUGCCGGCAUGACCUGGGCGCCCGAUGCCAUCUGGGACCCUGCUCGCAACGCUUACAUGGUGUACUGGACUUCGAGCGUUCUCUCUAACGGCAACGGCAUCUCGGCCGGAUGGAAGAUCCUCCGUUGCUAUACCAAGGAUUUUGUGACCUUCACCAAGGCGGAAGAGUAUCUCGUAGGAUACGGCAUGGAUGUCACCAUCACUGCCGGCGAUAACGGAGCUUACUAUAUGAUCACCAAGAACGGACCCAACGGAUUGAUCCAGGAGAACGUGUCGUACAACGGACUGUCGGGACAAUGGAAGAAGGUCUCGGAGAACAUUGGACAGGGCGCUUUGCCAUCUGGUGAGGGACCGUUGAUCUUCAGGGACAACAAGACCCCCAGCAAGUGGCAUCUCUGGAUCGACAACAACACCAAGGGAUCCGGAUAUAUGCCGUUCGAGACUACCAACAUUGCCACCGGUCACUAUACCAAGACGCAGAACUACAAGCUCCCGGCCAACCCACGCCACGGAUACGUGAUUCCCAUGUAA